UGAUUUUGCAUUACCGGGUAGGGGGCACACAUGCACCAACAAUACAGACCUCUCUUCUGUCAGCUCCUGCACACUGCUUUGUAUGGCUCUGCAUAGCAGAGUCAUACAAAGCAGUGUGUUUACAGUGAAGCACACACACAGUACAUAAUGUGAAACAGCACACAGUUAACCCUUUGAUCGCCCCACAUGUUAACUCCUUCUUGCCUAGUGCCAUUAGUACAGUGUCAGUGCUUUUUAUUAGCACUGAUCACUGUAUUGGUGUCACUAGGGAUGUCAGUGACAUCAAGUCAGUUCCGCCCAGUGUCAGAAUGCCCGCCACAGCCUCGCUAU